AUGUCAAUGCUACAAAAUACAUUGCCUAAUAAUAAUAGUUGGCUGAUUAAAAUUUUGAAAACCUUCGAGAAAAUGGACGUUGAAGACGUUUUAAGCGAUGUGGUCUCCAUGGAAGAUCUUGAGAAAUUUGAAAAAGAAUAUCAUAAUCAACUAACUACAGGAACCGUUUCUCAAGAAACAAAGUUUCAUUAUGCUUGGUGCUUAGAAAUUCAAGAAUUAAAGAAUAUAGUACUGCGCUGCAAUUUAUUAAAGCAUCUUACUAUGCAACCCGGAAAUAUGCAAGCACAGAACUUGUUGGUCACAAUUCAAAAGAAAAUGGAAUCUGAUGUACACAAAGGAAUGGCGGUGGCUGGAGCUUUGGCAUUGGGCCUUAGUGCUAUCGUCGGAAUUGGGUUUGCACUGUCAAAAGGUUUGAAAAAGUGA